AUGGGGAUAGUUUGGAUUCACUCACGGCAAAUCUAUCUAUCUAUCUAUCUAUCUAUCUAUCUAUCUAUCUAUCUAUCUAUCUAUCUCUCAUGUGUUUCUUUCCGAUUCACAAAAUCUUACUUACUUCGUCCACCGUUACACUCUUCAUUACUGAUCUGUAUUCGGCAUCUCACUGGCGGCAAUAUUCAAAAAACAUCCUCACCCACUCCAUCUCAUUCUUGCCGUCAACAAAUGCCGACGAUUUUCAAAGAAACAUCCUCACCCACUCCAUCUCAUUCUUGCCGUCAACAGAUGCCGACGAUUUUCAAAGAAACAUCCUCACCCACUCCAUCUCAUUCUUGCCGUCAACAGAUGCCGACGAUUUUCAAAGAAACAUCCUCACCCACUCCAUCUCAUUCUUGCCGUCAACAGAUGCCGACGAUUUUCAAAGAAACAUCCUCACCCACUCCAUCUCAUUCUUGCCGUCAACAGAUGCCGACGAUUUUCAAAGAAACAUCCUUAACCACUCCGUCUCGCUUUCAGUCGUAUGUGUUUUGGUUUCUAUCUAUCUAUCUAUCUAUCUAUCUAUCUAUCUAUCUAUCUAUCUAUCUAUAUAUAUAUAUUUAA